AUACUCUUCUUGCUUGGUUAUUGAAGGAUAUCUUAUUACUUGAAGUGUACCUCAGCAAACCUCAAACUUAUAUACCCCUCAUUAAUCUCAUGGCGUACAGUACAAAAUAGUGCAGAGUUGUUCUGCACCAGCUCUCAGAUGCUGCAGUCAGGAGUGGCUGGUGCCCUGAGCAGAGCCUCGUUCAAGCAGCAACUGACGUGUGCAAACUCGAGCCUGAAGCAAUGGAGGGCAGCAGCUCAUCCCUACCCUCCAUCAUGACAGUUUACAUCAAAGAGGAGCCUGAAGAUGAGGGAGAGGACAUAACUGUGAAGGAUGAACCACUUUGCAGUGAAGAAUAUGAGGAUGCCAUUCCAUGCGGUGCCCCGGCCACCAUUGGUCAGGAUGUGAUGCCAGUUUUUCCUGAAAACAAGGAAGAAAAGAUGUCUGCCACUGAGAAACAUAUUUCUCCAGUACCCAAUGGAGCAGCUUUAGUCCAAGAAGUUCUUUCUGGUCAGCCUGUGGCUGAGUUCAAGUCAUCCAACUUGGCCAACAAUGACCAUGCAAGAUUAGCAAAGAAAUUGCCCAAGGUUCCUUCAUGCACUGAUUCAUUACAUCCAAAUGUUCCUUUUGAAGCCCACCAAAUCUACAAACAAAGUUUUCGACCUGUAUUAAACUGCAAGUUAUGCGACUAUGUUACUAAUACAAAAGACAAUCUCAAUAGUCACCUGGUUUAUAAACAUGGUUUGGGGAAAGGAUUCGAAUGCAAGUUGUGUGACUAUGUUGCUGGCAGAAAAUGCUAUCUCAGAAUGCAUAUGCUCUCUAUACAUGGCAUAGGGAACGGUGUGGAAUGUGACCUAUGUGACUAUGUUGCAGCUAAAAAGGAAACUCUCCAACAUCACCUGUUUUCCAAACAUGGUUUAGGGGAAGGAUUAAAAUGUGAAUUAUGUGACUAUGCCACUCGUAGUAAAUAUCUUUUUAAUAAGCACCUUUUUUCUAAACAUGGUUUGGGGGAGGGGUUAAAAUGCCAGUUAUGUGAUUAUUCUACUGCUCGAAAACAUUCUUUGAAUAUUCACAUGGUUUCUAAACAUGGUUUAGGUAAAGGAUUCAAAUGCAGGUUGUGUGAUUAUAGCAACUGUAGAAAAUAUGUUCUUGAUGUGCACAUGUUUUCUAAACAUGGCUUAGGGAAUGGAUUCCCAUGUGAGUUCUGUGAUUAUGUUGCAAGUAAUAAACGGUAUCUCAAUAAGCACUUGAAAUCUAAACAUGUAUUGGCUUAGGAAAAGUUGUGCUACUAUGUCUGCUUACAAUCUAAUCUAAACCAAGUUGAGGGGUUUUGGUUAAAUUCAGUUAAUUAGUGUAUUUGCUGAAAAAUAUACCUAUUGAAUGCAUUCAGAUUCAGGACAAUCAUUUAGUGAAAGGAUUCCAUAUUGAGUUUAGUUACAAUGCCACAAUCAAAUAUGAAUAAGUCUCCCAAUCCAUACACCUUCCACAUCAAGAAAUCAAGGAGUCUUGAUGCUAAGUAGUCAGGUCUGUCUCCUCAUUAUUUUUUCUUAUUACAUAAGAUUCAAAUGGGAUAAUAUGGGAUAGUAUUGUGCAUCAAUUUUACAUUUAAUACAGUUGGUAAUAUAAUGUUUAUGUUUUCGUGUAUAAAUGAGCGUUGGCAGAAGGGCCUUUCAAGUGAUAAACUUGUUGGUAGCAACGAUGUGAUCUGCCGCUAUAAUUACUGUAAUUGUGGGUUGAAGAUGAAAUUCACCUGCUUGUAUGUUGGUCAGGUUUGUGGUAUUGCUCUUUAAAUGUAAAUUUUGGGCACACCGGUAAUGUUUGAGUUAGGUACUCCUCAAUGGGGGCUAUGAGAGAUUUUUUGUUGAUUUGAGCUUUUGUUGUCUCCAAUAAUAACAGAAAUGGCAUGAGUCACAGUUUGAAAGAGUUGUGGAAUGCACGAAUAUCUCUUGAAGGUCUAUUUAAUGCAUUUAUUAUUUUCCUGAAAAAGAUUUUCAAUACCUUUUAUCCCUUUUACAUUAAUAGCAAGUGCUUGAAGGCAGCACUUAAUUUACCAUUUAGUAUACAUGCUGUGGACUGGUGAACUCGAACAUACUUGAGCAGGAAACUCGAAUGACAAUUUGAUUGCUCAUUAGCU